CCCGGGCCAACAGCCUGGGGGCGCCGGGGCCGGCGCGUAGGGGCCGCCACCGCGAUGGAGCGCGCCGGGGACGAUCCGGACACGCCGCCGCAGGUUCCCUGUGGACAGAGACAGGCAGGACAGAGACAGGCAGCAGGACCACAGGAGCAGCCCCCCAGGCUCGGGAAAGCUUCUGAACUAAAGCCGAAGCAUUACUCACCUAACUCAUCACCUGCCGAUAUUAACUUCCUCUCCCUCCUAGGAACAGAAAAGCGGUGCCCACCCAGGGAGCUGCGUGAGCCCACGGCAGGCAGCCCGCGGCCAGGAGCCCGGACAUCCCGCUCAUCACACCGCCGCGGAGCCCACGCCCCAUGGACCACCCUCCUCAGCACAGCCUUGUCCUUGGGAGGGAGGAAUCUGCUAGAAGAACUGCCCAGAGGCCGUUGACGUCGCCCAGCAUUCGUGGUGCUCCCUGUGGGCCAGGCGCCGUGAUAGUGUUUUCCAUGGACCCCUCAUUUGAUCGCAGAGUGGCCUGGUGUCCACCCCGCAGGGUUCCUGACCCACCUCAGAAGGCAGCACCCACCAGACUCCGGUAGGGCCGGACUCCGCAGACCUGCUUCGGCAAUGGGUAACGAGGAGCUGUGGGCCCAGCCAGCCUUGGAGAUGCCGAAGAGACGGGACAUCCUUGCGAUUUUCCUCAUCGUGCUGCCUUGGACGCUGCUGGUCACCGUGUGGCACCAGAGCACCAUCGCGCCCCUGCUCACCGCACACAAGGCCCACAGGGCCCCAGGCAGGGAUGCGCUGACGUUCCCGCGGGUGGAGCAGAGGAGAGCUGCAUGGGGCGGGGGGGCCGAGGUACUUGCUGCGGAGCUGCCCACACCGCCCCCCCUCCAACCCGCAGAUGACGGCAGCGAUCCCCGACGCGAGGCGCCACCCGGCGUGGACCCCAGGGAGUACUGCAUGUCCGACCGCGACAUCGUGGAGGUGGUGCGCACCGAGUACGUGUACACGCGGCCCCCGCCCUGGUCCGACACGCUGCCCACCAUCCACGUGGUGACGCCCACCUACAGCCGCCCGGUACAGAAGGCUGAGCUGACGCGCUUGGCCAACACACUGCUGCACGUGCCCAACCUGCACUGGCUGGUGGUGGAGGACGCACCGCGCCGCACGCCGCUGACCGCGCGCCUCCUGCGCGACACCGGCCUCAACUACACGCACCUGCACGUGGAGACGCCGCGCAACUACAAGCUGCGCGGGGACGCGCGCGACCCGCGCAUCCCGCGGGGCACCAUGCAGCGCAACCUGGCCCUGCGCUGGCUGCGUGAGACCUUCCCGCGCAACUCCAGCCAGCCCGGCGUCGUGUACUUCGCGGACGACGACAACACCUACAGCUUGGAGGUUUUCGAGGAGAUGCGCAGCACCAGGCGGGUGUCCGUGUGGCCCGUAGCCUUCGUCGGCGGCCUUCGGUACGAGGCCCCGAGGGUCAAUGGGGCCGGGAAGGUGGUCGGCUGGAAGACUGUGUUCGACCCCCACCGGCCGUUUGCAAUAGACAUGGCGGGGUUUGCGGUCAACCUGCGGCUCAUCCUGCAGCGAAGCCAGGCCUACUUCAAGCUCCGCGGCGUGAAGGGAGGCUACCAGGAAAGCAGCCUCCUGCGAGAACUUGUCACCCUCGGUGACCUGGAGCCCAAGGCGGCCAACUGCACCAAGAUCCUGGUCUGGCACACACGGACUGAGAAGCCGGUGCUGGUGAACGAGGGGAAAAAAGGCUUCACUGACCCCAUGGUGGAGAUCUGAGCCCCAGGACACAGGAGCCCCCUUCUCAGACCUGCUCCUGGCCACCUGUGCUCCCCACGCGGGUGGUCCCUCCGAGGCGGACUCCUGUGGAAUCGCCGUCACCCUCCUUUCUACUCUGGGGCCUUCAGAGAGACCAGCCUGAUGCCAGGACAAAGGACGGAGACCCUAAAGCACAGAAACCCCAGACCUGUUGUUCUGUUCCAUCUGCCCUGGCAGGGCCGGCCGGGGCAGACACCAUGGGCCCCAAGCCCGGGAGUGAUGCCAGGCUGGGAGGGGGCGAAAGACCCCAGCAGUCCAGCAGAGGGCUCCCCAGCUCCCCCUCGAGGCCCCACGACCACACAGGACACCUGGCCAGGGACUGCGGAAGACGGCAAGCAGCCCCCACCCCCGGCAUCAGGAACGAGCUGCUCCGAGGAGAUGCAGCCCCUCCGGCCGGCUUUCCUCUGGCUGCUGCUUGCGGAGCGUAAGGCUGUCUGUGCUCCCGGCAGGCGGCCAGCCCUGUGCGCGGGGAGUCAUGCUGCCAGAGGGCUGUUCUCCCCAUACCUCAACCUCGUGGAGGGAGCAGAGCGCCCUCCCCGGCUCUUGUCCCAGCGCAAGGAAGGAGGUGGGCCCUCCACCCAGCACAGGGUAUAGACCACACGGCACCUCCCCAACGCCCACUGGGCUCCGGGCCCCUCGCCUGGGCUGGGACUGGGGAAGCAGGAGCCCCCAACCCAGAGCCAUGAGAACCACAGGCCUCAGGGGCUCGAGGGAGCAGGUGGGCCAGGAGGAGAGAGGAGGGGCCCGGGCGGUCCCAGGGCUCCUCCCUGCCCCUGGCUGGGGGACUCUGGAUUAGCAGAGGGGUUUAAGGAAGGGGGCAGAGAUGAUCUGGACCCCGAGGGCAGGAUACCUGAGCACACACUGCUUUGGAAACCAUGCGAUUUACACACCGAGUGGGAAGUAAAACCUCCCUUCUCCCUAAACUGGGGGCGCGAAGAGCAAGCCGGCCUCAUGUCCGGCCGCCCGGCCGCCCCAGACAAGGAACCGUGUGCGGCCCUCAGCCAGGAGGAGAGGUGCCUGUCUCCCUGGCUUCCCGACGGGGCCGGCCCUCCGCCGGUCUCCACUCACACUCCUGAGCGUUGGAAGCACAAUUUUCCUCCCCUGUGGAGGCAGAGGAAGGGCCUGAGCCCGCUGAACAGGUGUUUACUUUUAACCGCUAAUAGCCCCUACUCCACUUAGACUCAUGGGAUGGGUCUGCGGGCCAUGGAGAGCCCACUCCUGGGUGCAUGGGUGGGUGGGCAGUGGGCCGCAGCCCAGCGACCUAACAUUCACGGAGUAUCGGCUGCCUGUUUUUGAAGUGGAUUUAACUCCUCAGCAUAGUCACGAAACCUUCGAGGGAGGGCUCAUGUCCCUGAGGGCCCUGAGCCACCUGCAGGACGUCCCACACCCAUGGUUGCCUGAGAACCACCUGGGUGGCGGGGGAAGGGAGGGUGGGCGAGGGCGGGCACCGUCGAGCGAGUGAACUCAUGCAGGGCACUACUCUGCCUCACUCGCCGGGACCAGCCCCAAACGCAGGGGCGGCUUGGCUGGGCUCGGGCCGCCUUGGCCCGGAACCCAGGGCUCGUUUCAGGAAACUUGGUAACGACAACAUGGUCUCCUCUUUUCUUUGGCAGAUGGUGUUUCUAUUGUUUUCACCUAAUACCCUCUCUUAGCUGCACGUGUGUUUAUUUGUAAUUACAACCUGAUGGACUGCAGCUUUCGCCUUCACUGGGAAUGAGUUUGCUAUGAAUCAGAACUGGGUCCAUGGCUAGUUUGUUUUCCAAACGCAGUGUGUUCCCUGCUCCCCCCUGUACAGGAGUGGGGUGGGGGCCGGAGGACAGAGACGGGGAAGGUGGAGCCCCCAAGCUGCACUAUCGGGUCUGUUUUAAUUUAACUGUAUUUAAUUUGUUUUGAAAUUAAAAGUCAAAUAUGGUUUUUAACAGUCUUAA